AAGCCCAAUCCAUCCAUCCAUCCGUCCCCGCAAGAAUCCGUCUCAUCCCACCGUCAUCACGCAAGAAAAAAGGCCAGGGCACAGCGGAAAGCUCCAUCUCCUCGCCAGUUUCAGGCUUUCGGCUCGUGAAUUCCUCAUCUUUCUGGCCACUUUGCCACCAGCGGCCACCGGCCGGCCCAUCUCGCUCGCCCCCCGUGUCACGAGGAACCCACGGCCGUCGCCAUUGCCGCAACUUGCAGCCCUUCUUUUUUUUCCCUUCCUUAUCUUCUCCUGGUAUAAAAGGAUCACGCCGCCGCGAUGGAGCAGCAGCAACAGCAAUUGAGUAGGAAGAGGGACGGCGUGGUGCAGGUGCUGGACGGCUCAGAGAUCCGGGCGCUGGUGGAAAACAGGGACGCGUUCGCCAGGUUCGUCGACGACCGGUUCCGGAAGCUCGACGCCGACGGCGACGGGAGGCUGUCGGUUAAAGAGCUGCAGCCGGCUGUCGCAGACAUCGGCGCCGCCAUCGGGCUGCCGGCGAGGGGGUCGUCGCGGCAGGCCGACCACAUCUACGGGGAGGUUCUGAACGAGUUCACCCACGGCAAGCAAGACUCCGUGAGUAAAUCUGAGUUCCAGCACGUGCUGUCAGACAUACUUCUUGGAAUGGCGGCUGGGCUGAAGAGAGACCCCAUCGUGAUCCUCAGAAUAAACGGGGAGGACCUGAACGAAUUUGUUGACAGUCCAAGGUACGAACCUGAAGCGGCAGCCAUAUUUUCACAACUGAAAUCUGGAGACAAUGCGUCGCUGCGCCAGUGCUUGUUGGCUGCUCUUCAACAACUGACGGUGGACCACGGCAUGCCACCUGCGUCUGACUUUUGGGUUGUGGAAAAUAUUGUAGAGCCUGCAAUGCAAGAGCUUGGCACUAAUCAGCUGGAUCAGCCUGUUUCCCAAGAAGCCUUCUUCCAUGAAUUCAAGAAGUUGCUGAGCAUCAUCACCCGGCGACUGCAACAGCACCCUGUGAUUGUGGCACAUACGGAGAACACCUUUGACGGGAGUGGUAUCAGGAGGCUGCUGUUGAACAAGUUUGAAUUCGACAAGCUGUUGGAUUCGGUUUGGAGAGGUGUGCCGAAAGAACACAAAGAUAAAACAUCGAAAGGGUACCUCCGAGUUGCCCUUGAUAGGAUUGCCGACUCAGCGAGCCUACCACCUUAUGGAGCUGUUGAUCAGGUGGAUGCUAUGGUGAACGAAGCAUUCAAGAUGGCGAAAGCCGAUGAUGGGAAGGUGGUGGACGAAGACGAGUUCAAGAAACUUCUGACUGAGAUCCUAGGAGCGAUCAUGCUGCAACUGGACGGCAACCCGAUCGCUGUAUCGACCAACACCGUCGUCCAUGAGCCGAUGUCCGCCCCCUCCUCCCUCUUGUCGCCGAUGUCGCUGUCUCCAUUGGUGUCCCCCCCACCCCCAGUGAAUAGAGAACCAUGAUAACGAGUAGCGACUCAUACAACGAUGGAGAAGAAUAUCUAUAUAUCUCCAUUGUGCACUUGCUGUAAUGAUGGUUUUCUUCUGCUCACUGCGAUAACAUGUUAGAUCACUGAUAACCAAGAAGAUGCAUAUGUGGCUUGUAACUUGAGUGCGUGUUUACUGCUCAAAUAAGGCUUCUUCAAGCCAGGCUUGUAACGAUGGUUGACACAGAAUUUCAAUCUGCAUACCUUUCAAAGA